AUGAGCUUCGUCCCCCGCCGCGGUCUCUCGACCCUCAUCCCCCCCAAGGUCGCCUCUCCCAAGGCCCUUGGCGCGGACCCCAACGCAGUUCGCAUGCAGCGCGUUGUCAACUUCUACGAGAAGCUCCCCCGUGGUGCCGCCCCCGAGGCUAAGCCCACUGGCAUCCUCGGCCGUUACGCCGCCAAGCACUUCAGCGGCAAGAACGCCUCUGCGAAGCCCAUCAUCCACGCCCUUGGCUUCCUCCUCGUCAUCGGCUACGCUCAGAACUACUACUUCCACCUCCGCCACCACAAGAACAAUGCUCACUAA